ACAAAUUUCAAAUUUCACUAAUUAGCCCAACUGGGAAGACUUCUCAUUACUGAAAAGAAUCUAUAAAUUGAAGUUAACUUAAACUAUCUCCUGCAGCCCUGGGACCCCCUGCCACUGCCAGCCCCUGCCUGCUGCUCCACAUCCUGAUACCAAAGGGCAGCAGGACGAGGUCAUUAGUGGGUAAUUAAUUACAAGGGCAGUGCCUGAUGUCAGCCCUCUGCUCUGACAGCCAGUGCCACAGCAAAGACAGAAAUCCAGCGAGUGUUCCACUCUGGGACAGCACUUGCACCAGAAGCAACACUGAAGGAGUGGCCAGGAGACAGAAUCUUUAAAAAAAGCGAAAGAAUUAUUUUAAAAGAGGAAGUUUUCAGAAGAUAAGUAACUGUUCCAGGCACACGAAACCAAACACAUCCCUCCCUCACUGACACACACUCAGAGACUCUGCAGAGGAGACCAGAGCACAGCAACCCACAGAGGAAAACAGAAGCAGAAGCUCCUAGUGCAUCAUCUGGAAUCUGCAGCUGUCACUGGCUAAGAAAGCAGUUUGGAGCCAGGACAAGGGAGAAGAGAUACCACAAUGCAAAUGAAAGCCACAACCCAGUUCAGCUCCUCCAGGAAUGACAGCAACUGCACCAGCGACAGCAGGAUCAGCCAAGUCAUCUUCCCUUUACUCUACACAUUUCUGUUCCUGGUGGGGAUCCCCAUGAAUGGCCUGGCAAUGUGGGUCUUCUUUAAAGUACCCAGUAAAUCCAAUUUCAUUAUCUUCCUCAAGAACACUGUGAUUUCUGACUUCCUCAUGAUCCUGACUUUUCCAUUUAAAAUCCUCAGCGAUGCCAAGCUGGUGUCCUGGGUCCUGCGAGGGUUUGUGUGCCAGGUCACGCAGGUGGUGUUUUACUUCACCAUGUACAUCAGCAUCCUGUUCCUUGGUCUGAUAACGAUUGAUCGCUACCAGAAAGCCACCUCACCUUUCAGAACCACCACUCCACGGAGCCUCCUGGCUGCCAAGGUCCUGUCCACAGCAAUCUGGCUGUCCAUGUUCGCUCUCUCGCUACCCAACAUGAUUCUAAAUAAUAAGAAGAAAACACCCAAGAACGUAAGGAAGUGUGCUCUCCUGAAAUCGGACUUUGGCUUAGUCUGGCAUGAAAUUGUAAAUUACAUUUGUCAGCUCAUCUUCUGGGUUAACUUAGCAGUCAUAGUGGUGUGUUACAUCCUGAUCAGCAAGGAACUGUACAAAUCCUACAAAAGGACUCGAUGCACAGGGAAGGCAUCUAAAAAGACUGUCAAUCUCAAGGUUUUCAUAAUAAUUGCUGUGUUCUUUAUUUGCUUUGUGCCAUUCCACUUUACCAGAAUCCCCUACACCUUGAGCCAAACGAGAGAUGUGUUUGACUGCUCCGCUCGGAACGCUCUGUUCUACCUGAAGGAGACCACGCUGUGGCUGACGUCCCUCAAUGCCUGCCUGGAUCCCUUCAUUUACUUUUUCCUGUGCAAGUCCUUCAGGAAAUCCUUGCUGGACAUGCUGUGCAAGCACAGGGCAGGGUCAGGGGCACAGACAAAGGGGGAUGACUCUGACGAGACCCCGCUCUAGAUCCCAGGGCUCCUCUCACCUUCCUGGCCACACACCUUCACUGAGGGUGGCAGGAGCACAGAGCCACGAGGAGCAUCCAGAACUUCACUGACUUCUUCAGAAACAGCCCUGCAGAUGAAGCACGAGCACCCUGGAACCACCACCACUGCCUGCGAAAAGAAAAAGCUUAAAUAAAUACCAGAGGAGUCCCCCCAACCUCCACCCUUCCAAAACCAGAGCUCCCCAGCCUCCACUGAUGGCUGUCAGAACUGAUGGGAAGAAGUCAGAACUGAAAGGUGGAACUGUGAGGAAAAACUUAAAACAGAAUCAUGAAAUGCUACAGAUGAUACCAUGAACUGUAAAGAUGUUGCAGAAAUAGCUAAAUUUGGGCCAGAGUAAAGUUCAUGACAACACAAGACCUGAGAAAUGCAGAUAAAAUGCACAGUAGAUGUCAUUUGUUGUCACCUUGUAUGCAACUGGCAGACAAACAGAAACAUAGAGAGAGCCAUUUGGGCAGAUUUUUGGUAACAGAAUAACACUUUUCUAAUCUCAUUCUAUGCUUGCAGUUCCUAAUCCAUUGACCAAUAAUUAAUAGCUGUAUUUCAGACGAAAUUAUUUCUUAAUCAGGCUUAUCUUGAUAUUAAUUAAAUCCCCAAAUCCUUCCCCUUACUACUUAAAUAAACAAAAGUGUAUGUUUUCACAGAGAACAUUAUAUUAGAAAACAUACAAACA